AUUCUGCAGGAUGUUCUGCCACUAAUGAGUGUAUGAUUACAGAGUUAUAAAAGGAAACAGUCAUGUGUGGUUGUGAGUGUUUAUAGCGAAAUAAGAGCGAGCACAGUAGGAGAAGCACUGCCUUGAAGUGAGGUAAAUUCAUACGGGAUAAUUCAGAGUGGAAACAGUAUGUCUCUUAGGGAUCCGCCGUAUGAACCUCCUUCUGUCUCAGAGCUGCAGGAGUUCUUGCUGGCAGACAGACGACCUACAGGACACGUCAAUCAAGUCUGGCCUAACCUUUUCAUUGGCAACGAGGUGACGGCUCGUGACAAGGACGCUCUCCACAGUCUGGGCAUAACUCACAUUGUAAAUGCUGCUCACCGACCCCCCAACCCCGGCCCCGGCCCCUUUUUCUGCGUCAACACCGGCCCGCGUUUCUACAGGGACAUGACGGUGGAUUAUUACGGGGUGGAGGCUAAUGACGCAAUAGAGUUCAUGCUUAGUCCUUUCUUUUACCCGACAGCACGAUACAUCAGAGCUGCACUGGCCACGGGAGGACGGGUGUUUGUCCAUUGUCUGAUGGGCGUGAGCCGUUCUGCCACAUUGGUGCUGGCCUUCCUGAUGAUUGUUGAAGGCCUGAAGCUGCAGGAGGCGGUGGCCGCCGUCAGACCGCACAGAGACAUAUGUCCCAACUCAGGCUUCCUGCUGCAGCUCCGCAGCCUCGACAAGAGCCUGGAGAGGGAGAGGAGGAGGCGACGACAGGCCCAAACACUAGGUCACUCCCAGGAGGAGGCCAUGCCACCCCUGACAGAGCUGAGGCAAAUUCUCUGGAAGGACAGGAAGCCAGUGGCGCCUGUCAAUCAAGUCUGGCCCAAUCUGUACAUCGGAGAUGAGUCUGUGGCGCGAGAUAAAACCACACUCUCGUCUCUGGGUGUGACUCACAUACUGAAUGCUGCAGCAGGUCGGCACCGGAUCAACACGGGUCAAGAGUUCUACAGUGGCCUUGAAGUGGAAUACCACGGUGUUGAAGCUGCAGACCAUCCGGAGUUCAACCUCCGACCUUUCUUCAGCCCGGCUGCACAGUUCAUAGACAGAGCUCUGAAGAAAAAUGGGAAGGUGUUUGUGCACUGUGCCAUGGGCAUCAGCCGCUCUGGAGCGCUGGUUCUUGCGUAUCUGUUGAUCUGCCAGGGCCUGUCGUUGGUGGAGGCCAUCAUUGCCGUGCGUCUGAACCGAGACAUCGGACCCAACUCUGGGUUUCUGGAGCAGCUGAGGCAGCUGGAGCUGAGCCUCGGUCCACAGAGCAGACAGAUCACAGAGGAGGAGCACGCCGACGCUGACACAUCAUGACGGAGCAUUGCCCUUUGACCCUUGAUUCCACAUUUUCUGUAACAAUCAAAUCUGAUGAAUAGAAAUGUCAUCUGUGUGUCAUCUCAGUCUCACAUAUUAUCAGUAGAAUAUAACAGCUAAAUUCUUGAAAUUUCAUGUCUCCAGAAAUAACUCUCCUCACACCUGUCCAUACAUUCUUCUUAUAACGACGACAAUGCAACAUGCCACUCUUACUAAACUAAGUUUUAUGGC